AUGAUCUGUUGAUCAAUUCAUCAUAUAUUGGUAUGACUGCAUAUUUAAAGUUAAAUUACAUCUUUACUAAUAUGCACAUAGGAAAUCCUGCAAUCCUGUCAUAAAACAGUUCUGCCAACACUGAUUAUUAAUGACUGUUUGUCUGGACUGGUCUGGGUUUGCAAUGUAUUUUUGGGUGUGUCAAGAGACUUAUUGGCCACACAUUUUUAAUGCAAGUCCCUAUGGCGCUGUCUCGUGUUGAAAUACGUCUUACAAGUUUUGCAUAUUAGGCCUACUUUACGUUGUGCCAUCUCUUAGGGACCCGAAAUAUUCCCAAACAACAGUAAUUAUUUUUCAGAAACAAAUCAUGCCAAGUCUCUGUCCCAUUGUAUUCUGGGUUCAUUUUCUUAGUUGAUCCUCUCCCUAACAGCAAGCCUUACACCUCACUAUGCUUUCACUCCAUGCCGCAUCCUCAAUGUUUCUGACUGGUUAGUAUUUGCUGUUCAAACUGCCUGCAGCUAAUAUCGUCUCCUCGACCCGCCCGUGUUAUUACUUUAUUGGGUUGUGGCAAUUACUUUUGUUAGCCAUAGAACCAUCUUGAAAUUUGGUAUAUUUUAAGAAUACUCCUUUUUAAUACAUAGGAGUGGGAGGCGUGGUCAGAACACUAUUGUAAUGUUUGAUUGACCAGUUUGAGACAUAUAGCUGUACAGUGGAAUUGUAAAUUCUGUACAUUUAUUGUCUUAAAAUAGCAAAAGGCAGGGGCAGAUGUAUUGUAAGAUGCCGUUGGGUUGCCAGACAGACUUUUAAGUAGGCAAACGGAUUCUAAAAUCAAUAUGAUUAUAGUGAAGAUGAAACACCAGUAAAAUUAUUUUGAUUGAGCGUUAAAAUAAAAAGCCAAAAAUGCAGCUUUCUGCGGUUGCGGAAUUGCGAUUUCAAUAAGAUUUUGAUUAUUCGUGCGGGCCUACUAUAUGCACUGAGGAUAUAGAUGAUCUCAACGAGACAUUAGGACCGCUAAAUAGCCUGCUAAAUAACACUAACAUGCUGCCUGCAGUUUGAUAGCUUACCUUCAUGGUAUUCUGUCCUGCUGCUUCUAGGGGCAUAAACAAUUUCUGUUUUUCCAUUUUAAUAAAAUUUUAAUUUGCACGAAUUUUGGGCUAGUUUGGGCUUGGGCAUUAUGGGGUAUGCUGUGUAGAUGGAUGAGAAUUUUUUAAAUCCAUUUUAGAAUAAGGCUGUAACGUAAUAAAUUGUGUGAAAACAUGAUGGGUCUGAAUACUUUACAAAUGCACUGUAUAUAUGUGCUUUUGUGAGUGUAUAUCAGCCUAUUUCAGCCCUGGGUUAGGUUCUCUGACUCUGCUCUUUGACCAGUUUGUUGUUUUGUAAAUAUUGUUAGUGUUAUUAGACGCUAUUUAUUAUCCUCCAGUUGCUAUUAAAAGCUUCAGUCCGUGCAAGGAGAGUCAAGACCCACUCUCAGCCUCAUCAAUGCUGGGUCCACCUCACACUGAAGUGAUAUCAAUACAUACUCUGGAUGGUGUUGUAUACCAGUAAGCCCAGAAUUUUAUUCAUCUUUAUUAUUCGGCUGUGCCCUUCACUCUAAUCAUAUUACAAGCUUUUGCCCAGAGGCAGCUUCUGUCAUUUACUAUUUCGCGUCAGAAGUUUAUUUCUCAGCUUAAAACCCAUGCUUUGGUCAAAAUGGUUGUUAAGUAGGGCAGUAUUAUCAUGAGCUGCUGCUGGUUGGGCCCACAGGCAGUGUCAGGAGGGUGUGUGUACCGUGAACUUUGGUAGCAGCUCCCCUCCCAUUAAAGAUGAUCUCACUAGUCACUACGCAAAUGAUGCAGGAGGAUUUACAGCAGUCAGUAGACCCAAACAUCUAGUCAUCCUGAGGAGCUCCUCUUUUCUAAGGCACCAUUGUUUUAAGGUUGUAUGUUUGUUUGUUAUGAAACUCCUCUCUUGCCUGCCGGGCAGAUGAAACAAAGCUCAUGUGUGCAUUGCUUUUCCGGUUCCACCCUCAAUUUCUUUCAGACUGCACUACUAAUCUUCAAUUGAGAGGAAUAGUUUUGACUGCAGACAGUUCUCCUGCGCUGACAAUGUGUUGUAGUUCUCCAAACAUUUGUUCCACAGUUUCCGCGCUGAGUAGAUCACACGAGAUGCUCCGUGGUACGGCGCUGCAGUGCUUUCCAGAGGCUUCCCCAACACGUCUUGCCUAUUCCGAUGGGACUAAAAGCCUUUCCUUGUCUCCUUAUUCCUCACGUGUUGGCCAAUCUAGGGAGCUGAUUUUAAUGGACAUGGAGACCCCAUUUCCCCCUCCGGUCCCAGUGCACCAGAAUGGGACGGCUCGACCGGAGCCUUGCGGGUCCGUGCCGGCUGCCACGCCGGUUCUGCGGGUACAUCUCUACCGUAGGGGCCAGGAUGGAGUCGACUGCCAGCCUCUCUGCUACCCGCCGGGGGUCUACGUAGCUGAGCAGUUGUGUGUCAACGCUGCCACAGAGUGUAGUGUGUCACCUGUGUACUGCAGCCUGUUUGGCCUCUUCAGAGAGAGGGACGGCGUGUGGUUUUCCCCUAACCAUGUGUUCCAGUUGGAUGAAUCUUCCAAAGAGGACGUGGCCUUCAGAAUAAGAUACUAUUUUCCAGGCUGGUACAGCAGUGGGGCUUCAAGGGCAUAUCGGUAUGGGGUCACCAAAGGCUCUGAGAGUCCUGUCCUUGAUGACUUUGUCAUGGCAUACCUCUUUGCCCAGUGGCGGAGUGAUUUUGUCAACGGCCGGGUGAAGAUCUCCAACACACAUGAGACUCAGGAGGAGUGCCUGGGCAUGGCUGUGUUGGACAUGACAAGGACAGCCAAGGAAAAACGAAUGUCCCCUUUGGAUAUUUACAAUUCCAUAAGCUAUAAGUCUUUCUUACCCAAGGACAUGAGGGCUUUCAUCCAGGGCUGCAACAUUGUGAAUCGCAAGAGGAUCCGCUACCGCUUCAAGAAGUUCAUCCAACAGUUCAGCCAGUGCCGGGCCACAUCACGUGACCUGAUGCUCAAAUACCUUAUCAACAUGGAGUCUCUGGAGCAGGCCUUCUACACCGAAUGCUUCCAGGUCAGGGACCCCUCGGCCGGGCAGGUCACUAUCACUGUGACAGCUGAGCAUGGCAUCCAGUGGUGCAGAGAACAGCAGAAAGACUCUGAACAGCAGGAAUUGCAGACCUACUGUGAUUUCCCAGACAUUACUUACAUCAGUAUCAAACAGUCCAAUAAGGAGGGCUCCAUGGAGAGUCGAGUGGUCACCAUCAAUAAACAAGACAGCAAAGCUCUGGAGUUGGAGUUCAAGUGUCUGUCGGAAGCGCUGUCUUUCAUAUCACUGAUUGACGGCUACUACAGAUUGACGACUGAUGCACACCACUACCUCUGUAAAGAAGUGGCGCCCCCUAGACUGGUGGAGGCCAUUACCUGCCAUUGUCAUGGUCCGAUUUCAAUGGAGUUUGCAAUUAGUAGACUGCAAAAAGCUGGGAACCAGCAAGGUCUAUAUAUUCUGCGAUGCAGCCCCAAGGACUUUAACAAGUACUUUUUGACCUUUGCUUUGGGGGUUUAUGAUAAUAUUGAGUAUAAGCACUGCCAGAUAACUAGGGAUGCCAAUGGAGAGUUCAAUUUGAGUGGAACCAAACGAAACUUCAGCAGUCUUCAGGAACUACUGAACUGCUAUCAGAAAGACACUGUGCGCUCUGAUGGAAUCAUUUUCCAGUUCAGCAAAUGUUGCCCACCCAAACCCAAAGACAAGUCCAGUUUACUGGUAUGCAGAAGUAACAAGGGCCCGAGUGUACCACCCUCUCCCACGCUACAGAGACACAAUGUCAGCCAAAUGGUGUUCCACAAGAUUAGGAGAGAGGACCUGGAAUAUACUGAGAGUCACGGCCAAGGGACGUUCACUAAGAUUUUCAAAGGGGUCCGCAAGGAGUUGGGGGAUUAUGGGGAAAUGCACCAAACUGAAGUUAUCGUGAAAGUCCUGGACAAGGCUCACAGGAACUACUCUGAGUCUUUUUUUGAGGCCGCCAGCAUGAUGAGCCAGCUAUCCCACAAGCACCUGGUGCUGAACUACGGCGUGUGUGUGUGCAGGGAGGAGAAUAUCAUGGUGCAGGAGUAUGUGAAGUUUGGUUCUCUAGACACUUACCUGAAGAAGAAGAAGAACUCUGUGAACAUCUUGUGGAAGCUCGAAGUGGCAAAGCAGCUUGCUUGGGCCAUGAACUUUCUGGAGGAAAAGAACCUUGUCCAUGGGAACGUCUGUGCCAAGAACGUCCUGCUGAUCCGUGAGGAGGACAGGAUAACUGGGAAUCCUCCCUUCAUCAAGCUGAGUGAUCCUGGAGUUAGCAUCACUGUCCUCCCUAAAGACAUCCUGGUUGAGCGAAUCCCCUGGGUGUCUCCUGAAUGUAUCGAGGAUCUCGCCAGCCUGAGCCUCGCGGCGGACAAGUGGAGCUUCGGCACAACACUCUGGGAGAUCUGCAGUGGUGGAGAGAAACCCCUGGCCACAUUGGACAGCUCCACGAAGAACCUGUUUUACAAGGACCGGCACCAGCUGCCUGCUCCCAGGUGGACUGAGCUCGCCAACCUGAUAACGAGCUGCAUGGACUACGAGCCAACGUUCAGACCCUCCUUCAGAACCGUCAUCAGAGACCUCGACGGCCUCUUCACACCUGACUAUGAGUUGAUUGUGGAGAGUGACCUUCUGCCAAACAGAACAGCAGCCUCAGCGUGGGUCACUGGGGCAUUUGAGAACCAGGAGCCAGCCCAGUUUGAGGAGCGACACCUCAUCUUCCUACAACAGUUAGGCAAGGGUAACUUUGGCAGUGUGGAGAUGUGCCGGUACGACCCACUCCAGGACAACACCGGGGAGGUUGUGGCCGUGAAGAAACUGCAGCACAGCACUGCAGAGCACAUGAGGGAUUUUGAGCGGGAGAUUGAGAUCCUCAAGUCUCUUCAGCAUGAGAAUAUUGUCAAAUACAAGGGAGUGUGUUACAGUGCAGGCCGUCGAAACCUGCGACUGAUUAUGGAAUACCUGCCAUUUGGGAGUCUGAGAGAUUAUCUAAUCCAGAACAAGGAGCGAAUAGACCACAAGAAACUGGUGCACUAUACAUCUCAGAUAUGCAAGGGUAUGGAGUACCUGGCGGUCAAGCGCUACGUCCAUAGAGACCUGGCCACCCGGAACGUUCUGGUAGAGAGCGAGCUCAGGGUGAAGAUCGGGGACUUUGGGCUGACCAAGGUCCUGCCUCAGGACAAGGACUACUACAUGGUCAAGGAGCCCGGAGAGAGCCCCAUCUUCUGGUAUGCCCCAGAGUCUCUGUCGGAGAGCAAGUUCUCUGUGGCAUCUGACGUCUGGAGCUUUGGCGUAGUGCUGUAUGAACUGUUCACCCACAGCGACAAGAACUGCAGCCCUCCUGCAAUGUUCAUGGGCAUGAUGGGUAAUGACAAGCAGGGACAGCUGAUUGUCUAUCAUCUCAUUGAGCUACUGAAGUCAGGCAGCCGGCUGCCUCGGCCUGUUGGCUGCCCCAUGGAGAUAUAUGAGGUGAUGCAGGAGUGUUGGGACAAAGACCCGAGCUCGCGGCCUUUAUUCAAGGAGCUGGCUCUGCGUGUGGACAUGUUCCGGGACACCAUGGAAACGUAGACCGACCAGUGCCUCUCUCCUAAGGAACUGUCCUGUUCUGCCUUCACCUGGUUGCCAGUAUGGUUUCCUCUUGUAUGUGACCGAUCACAGCAGGCUUGAAAGGAAAGCCUGCGCUGGUCAACGCUGACCACUCGUCUGGUUUUCGGUGGGGGAACAAGCUUGAAGACGUUGUGUUUCUGGCAACUCUGCUGUAGGUUGAUUGUAAGUGGAUGCCAUGUCCACCAGGGCCUUUUACAGUGUGCCCAUUACGUGGCAAUAGAGUUGACUGAUGACACGUUCGUCUGCAAGGACACUAGAUACUUGUUUCAAACAAGGUCACUUUUUUUGUUUGUUUUUCUGCUCUUUGACCCUUUGCUGUCCCAGCUAGCAGGGCUAGCCUUCAUCACCUUUCUGUCUCCCGAGUUGAAGUCAGACUGUGGGGGUGUCAACAAAAGGAAUAUUUGUUAUUUUAAUUUGUUAUAUUUUGUAUGUAUGUACAUAUUUCUGUACAUACGUCAAGAUAAUUAUAUAAUUUUAUUAAAUGAAUACACUGCAAUCUAAUAUUUGAACUGUUUGACAAGAUGUCAGUGUAAAAAUGAAGUACAUUCAGUGAUGAUUUAAAAAUCCAUAAUUGUUUGUUUUUUGCAGGUGAUGUGAGAUAUAAAAGAUUUAUCAAUGCCAUGUUAAAUCAUGUUGUACAAUGUCUUUCUAAAACCCAUCUUUGUGUUCAGCUAAGGUAACAACUUCCUCUGCUGGUCUUACAAUCAAUACUGUUGUGUUCAAAACUAUAGGAAUUCUAAUAUUGUGUAGUUAAGCAGUAUUGGAGAGACGUUAGCUGACACUCAUUCCUUCCAUAUCCUAUUUCCACUCUUUAAAUAUCCCUUCAACUGAACACGCUAAACAUGGCACUCCUCUUAACAUGUAAUGAGCAGAUUUGUUUGCAGUCACAUUCUGAACCAUCACCCGAUAUGAAACAUUCUGAAAUCUCAGUUGGAAAGCCAAUCCCUCUCAGAAACCGGACAUCCCAGUGAGACCGUUGCCUGUUGAACAGGAGCUUGGAGUUGGCAACAAGGUGAGAAAAAUGUAAGGAGCAGAAAUUAGCCAAAACCUUCCUGUUAGUGACUGUAUUUCACUUGCAACAGGAAAGCCCUGUUUUGUACACAUUUCUGUGGCUGUAUUUCACUUGCAACAGGAAAACCCUGUUUUCUACACAUUUCUGUGACAAAAACAACUGACUGUGUCUCCGUGUAAUCAAGAUAUUACAUUAUCAGUGUCUUUCGGCUUCAUUUUGUUCAAUUGGCUGUGUACCAAAAUGUUUUCUUUACAUAUGUAGCGGCCCCUGGCAGACUAGUUCAUGACCCUUGCCCAGUCUUCAGAUCACACUUCAAAGUGUCCAGGUGCAGAAGGAGGGGUGAGGAUGGACUCCGAGGGGCGUGUAGGGCCUGGGUAGGAUAGACUGCAAUACCUUCUGUCAGUGUCCAGUACCAGGUCGGUUUGACUACCAUGGUAUCAUCUGCAAGUUCAGAGGAACUGUCCCUAGACAGACUUGUGUGUGCUGUCUGUCAAAGGGAAACAUUGGGGAAAGUAUAGAUUUCGGUGGCUGUAUUAGCAGAUGACGUGUAGGACGGUUGAAUACCCUAGUGAGACAUCACCGUAAAAUGGAGUGGGGUGUUUUUAAUGAGUCAUAACGUCACUAGACACAUUUAUUAAAGUGCUAUGUCAUGACACAUUAUUUAAAUCAUUUUUAAUAUCACAAAUAGUACCUAAAUGUUUGGCUGCGUUUGAAACUAAUUCAAACAUUGGGCAAAAUAGUUCAUCGGGUUGGAUGAAAUUACUGGAUCAGAAUUGGGCAGUAAAUCAGCAAUAAAACUGAUAGAUCUUUUAUGCAACUCAGAGCCUAGAGGAUUUUGAUGUCCCAAAUGGCCCCCUAUGCAUUUGUAGAGAUAUAAGAGUGGUUGACUGAUUUAAGUAGUUUACUGGAUCUUAAAUCCAGCCUAUCAGAGGGACAGGUGGAGCUGUUAGAUAAUGUUACCCAUACUCAGACAAGAGUGCAGAAAAGCAGAGAGGAAAUGGAAAAAGGACAUGUUGCAAGUCAACUCUAUAUUAAGACUGUAAAAGCCAAAUAUUUAUCUGAUAUUAUCUCUAACAACUCUAAUAAUCAUAAAGUCUUGUUUAGUGUGAUAAGCAAGGCUUUACAUCCGGUUGCUACUGCUUUUCCUGAAGCAACUUCUGAGACUUGUGAAGACUUCCAGUCUUUCUUCAAUGGCAAGAUAGAUGCCAUAAGAUCUUGCAUCUUACCUCCAGUUUACAACCCCUCUGAUUUAGGCAUAUGUUCCGCUCUUUUUAACCAGUUUGAACCUGUAUCUCUUUCACAUGUGUUAGACAGUCUCACACGAAGCCUACUACCUGCCCUCAGGUCGCAGUUCCCUCGCCUUUUUAAACAAGGGCUGGACACUAUUGGUCCCAGUAUAUUGUCCAUAAUAAAUAGCUGCCUCAUCAAUGGCACUGUCCCGUCAUGUUUUAAACAUGCAGUGGUCCAACCCCUUAUUAAAAAACCUAAUCUAGAUUUAACUGUCCUUAAUAAUUUCCGUCCCUUUUCAAAAUUGCCAGUCCUAUCAAAAGUUCUAGAGAAAGUAAUUUUUUCCCAGCUUUCCUCCUUUUUAAAUGAAAAUCAUAUGGAUAAAUUCCAGUCAGGUUUUAAGGCAUGUCAUAGCACUGAAUCAGCUCUUCUUAAGGUGUUAAAGGAUUUAUUGUUGUUUAGGGACAAUGGAAACUGUGCUACUUUAAUUCUUCUUGAUCUUAGUACUGCUUUUGACACAUUUGAUCUUGCCAUCCUUCUAGACCGUCUUAAACUAGAAGUUGGCAUUCAGGGUACUGCUCUAAAGCUAUUUACUUAAUAUUUGAAAGACAGGACAUUUUCUGUAAAUAUUGGGAACAACUUCUCUGCAUCAAUCACCUGUGGGGUACCUCAAGGCUCUGUCCUAGGCCCUAUCUUAUUCUUGUUAUAUAUGCUUCCCUUCCCUCCAUCUUUCAGAAAUAAAGCAUAUCUUACCUUUGCUAUGCUAUGCUGAUAACACUCAAUUGUACCUUCCCCUGAAAAUCCCCUGAAAUCACUCUGAUUGUCUUAGAGACGUUAUACUGGCUAGCUAAAAACUUUUUUCAAUUAAAUAAUACCAAAACAGAAGUUAUAGUAUUUGGCCCCACAUAUUCCACCAAGGUUAUUGUUAAUAACUUAGGGCCCCUAUCCAACAAUGUACAUAGCUAUGUAAAAAAUCUCAGGAUAGUUUUUGAUUUGGAUCUUCAUUUUGAUAAACAAGUCAACGCUGUUGUCACAGGCAGCUUUUCCCAACUCUGGGCCAUUGCCAAAUUGAAACCCAUUCUUUCCUUUAAGGAUUUAGAGACGUUCAUUUCCUCCCGUCUUGACUAUUGUAACUCUUUGUAUAUGGGAAUCUGUCAGUCUACCUUGUCCUGCCUUCAGCUUUUUCGUGCCUUUUUGGUUGCUGCUCCAAAAUUGUGGAACAGCCUACCUUUAUAUAUUAGGUCCUCUACUAGUAGCAACAUUUUUAAAUACCACCUUAAGACCUAUCUUUUUUCUUUAAAAUUUUUAUCUGCAAAUGGCUAGGAAGUUCUCUUUGUUUGCCAUGUCCUAUAAAUAUGUUGGCUAUAUGUUUUGACUGUACAGCACUUUGGUCGACAUGAGUUGUUUUUAAAUGUGCUUUAUAAAUAAAUUUGACUUUGACCCGUCGAACCUUCUGAGAUCCCCACAAGUGUGUAGGGUCCAUUUGGGAUUUGGCAGACCUAUGAUAUUGUAAAUGAAUGCUCCUUGACCAAUGACUAAGAUACUGAAAAGAGAGACUAUGAGCUUGUGCCAAAAUCCAAGAAACUUAUUUAAAACAGUUUUGUCUAAUAAAGUAAUUAUUUGGGAAACCAUACAAAC